AUGGCUGGUUGCUCAGCUCUUGGAGACAUUGCAUUUUCAUUUACGUUUUCGCUCAUCCUUCUUGAAAUACAGAGCACUUUGAAGACACCCCCAUCUCAAAAAGAGACAAUGAAGAAGGCUUCCAGCAUUGCAAUCUUUACAACUAGUUUCUUCUACCUAUGCUGUGGUGGUUGUGGGUAUGCAGCCUUUGGAGAUUCGACUCCUGGGAAUCUUUUGACUGGCUUUGGAUUCUAUGAACCAUUCUGGCUCAUAGACUUUGGUAACGCAUGCAUUGUUCUCCAUCUGGUUGGAGGGUAUCAGAUAUACAGUCAGACAUUGUUUGCAAUUGUGGAAAGAUGGUAUGCUGAAAAGUUCCCAGAAAGCAUGUUAGCAAGGGAAAGGGAUGUUAGGGUCUGUUUGUUUAUUACUAUAAAAAGUGUGAAUCCUGUUAGAAUAUGCUUUCGGACGAUAUACGUGAUAUUGACCAUGUCAGUAGGGAUGAUGUUCCCUUACUUCAACCAAGUCGUGGCAUUUGCAGGAAUUAACAAGGAGCCAAAUAUACAAUCCCUCACCCCUUUGCGUUUCGGAUGGGGGCCGAUGACCAUGUACCAGUCCCUCUCAUUCUCUCUUUUGUUAACGAUCUACUCUGCAGUACUCAAUUAACUACUGCUUGUGGGCAUAUUUGAUUACUUUAGAAUCCAAAAGGCUUUUGAAAAGUGUUGUAAGAGUUCACCGGAAGUAGGAUGUUGAUCUUUUCUAUAUUCCAUUUUUCACAACUAUUAGCUUCUUUUUGUGUGAGAAACAACAAUGCAAGACGCCUUACAGGAAGCUUUGAAGUAGGUUACUUAUCAGCCUGUAUGGAAAGGAUCAGAAGGAAGAGAUCACACAUUUCCAAUUCAUCAUCCAUGGUCCUUUAAAUAUGUUCGCAAAUUUGUGAAGAAUGCAAUAUUGGUACCAGAUAUGGAUUCUAGAGGGAAUUGGUAUCUUUUUU